AAUAAUUAUAUAACGGAUCACACAAAAACACGCACCUUGUGCCAAGUUAUACGAACUUCAAAUGUUUCUUCGUUAGUCUCUCUUUGCAUCAUCACCCAUAACAAAAUCACUGAACCCUUCUUUCUCUUUCUCUAUAAAAAUACCAUCUUUCUCUUUCUCUCUCUUCCUCCCCCUCUCUCUCUCUCUCAAGCUUCAAAGUUUGUGGCUUUUCAAUUUUCUCCAAACAUGAGCGGUACUGGGUCCAGGGUUUCGAUUCCGAGCGGUGUCAGGAAGACGAUCCAGAAUAUUAAGGAGAUCACGGGUAAUCAUAGUGAUGAUGAGAUUUAUGCAAUGCUUAAGGAGUGUUCCAUGGAUCCCAACGAGACUACUCAGAAGCUUCUCUUUCAGGAUACAUUUCACGAGGUUAAAAGAAAGAAGGACCGAAGGAAAGAGAAUGUUAACAAUAGAGAGACUUUGGAGUCACAUCCAAGACCUGGCACCCAAGGACGUGGGGUUAGAGGUGGUCGGGGAAAUUUUACACCUCAUCGCAUAGUGCACGAUGCUCGAGGUGGCAAGAGUUCUGUACCAAGCAAAGAUAACAGGUCCAACGAAGAAACUGCAAAGGGUGUGCCUCCUUUGCCAGGUUCACAAGAGACAAAAUCUAGAGAAAAAAGUUCUGGAACAAGCUCUGUUCCAGCUAUUGCCAAUGGGCCUACAACUGUAUCAUCUGGAACUACUAAUGUGAAUUCAUCCCCUUCAUCUACUGGAAAUGUGGAUAGGAUUAGUCCAUCGGAUGGUGGUAAUAUUACUGUCAGUAAGGAUUUUCCUUCUGAUAGUUCAGACAAAGGUGCAAAAGUUGUUAUUGAAAGUGAGUCAGUGCCUUCCAUCAGUGACGGCUUAGGGACUAGACCGGCAUCGUCAUCAGCUGUCUGUUUCUCUUCUUCAGAUCCAGUACUUGUUCCAUCAAAUGAUUCACGUUUUGCUGGUGCUGUUGGUGCAAUUAAGCGGGAAGUGGGAGGCCAACGUCCUUCCGCAGAAUUAAAUGUGUCCAACACGUCUGAGAACAAAUCUGCUGCUUCUGAGGCUGGUAGCUCUUUCCAAGGAAAGAGUCAAAGAAAAUCACCAGCAGUGGCUAAGAAUCACGUUUCUGAGGCGCCAUCUUCAUCAACAGUAAUACAUGGGACCGCCUCAGUUAGCCGGCCAUCAUCCAAUUACAAUAACCGGUCACAACAAAUAGGUGGCCUUCAGAAAGGUGGUUCUAUUAAGGAGUGGAAACCAAAGCCAACACAUACAAUUAACCAGGCUUCCGGACCAGCUAGCGUAUCCGAGUCUUCCGUUGUUUCAGCUGAAGCUACGAUACAAUUGCCGUCUGUGUCUAAGGUCCUUGAUUCUGAGGAAGCUGCUUCUGAACUGCAGAAGAAGCUUGAGAAUUUACGCGUUCCACCACGUCAACAUGUCAUUCUUCCAAACCAUAUUUUGGUUCCUGAAUCUGAAAAGAGCAAGUUUAGCUUUGGGAGCCUGGGAAUCAAUUUUGGGGUUGCUACAAAUUAUGUUACCAGCCCAGAGAGCGAAAAGAGUUCAACUCUUUCCAAAGUUUCUCAGGCUAUUGAAGAAACUGCAGGGGAGCAGAACUCAAGCAGUCAAAAUGCUACAGUUCCGUCUGUGGUCGGAGAUUAUUCUGACAACCCACAACCACUCCCUUCUACUGUACCAGAAAAUUUGUCAUCAUCCGUGGAGGUGGAUGUCUCAUCCAGUAAUAUUCAAGAGGAUAAUGAGUCCAAACACGUUUCAACUAUGCCAUCUGAAGGUAAUGAAUACCCAGUGGUGCAUACUCCGAACUACAAUUUAGGUUUCAUGCCCCCAAUGUUGGAAACACAGCCUGCACAAAUUGAUAAUUCUGAGUCUCAGGCACGAGAUAUUUCUCGGCUUCCAAGCUUUGUUGUUCAUCAGCCGUUUGAUCCUAAUUACUACGCCCAGUAUUACCGCUCUGGUCCUGAUAGUGACGGCCGUCUUUCUCCUUUACCUUCUGCCGGGGUUACAACCAAGUACAAUGGCGGUGCUCCAGUGCUUCCUACACCAAGUUCUCAGUCUCUUCAAGAGGGAGCUGUUUUGUCCACAGCUGGUCAGACACAACAUGCGACUCAAGCUGCUGGGCUGAUGCAAAACUCAAUAGCUACUCAGCAGCCUCUCCCCGUAUUUCGAGGACCGAGUGGGGUUCAUAUUCCUCAUUACUCUCCUAAUUACAUUCCGUAUGGUCAUUAUAUUUCACCAUUCUAUCUCCAACCUCCAGCAAUCCAUCAAUAUUUGGGUAACGGUGCAUUUCCUCAACAGCCUCAGGCCAGCACUGUAUAUCCACCUCCUUCCGCUGUAGCUGCAAACGGGAUGAAAUAUCCCCUUCCACAGUACAAACCUGGAACAAAUGCAGCUAACUCAGCUCAUUAUGUAAUGCCAGCUGCCUAUGGCGCAUAUGGCUCCUCCCAAGCUGGUAAUUAUAAUCCUAAUUCUGCAGAAACUGCAGGGAAUUCGACCUCUAAUGAGGAUCUCGGUUCAUCCCAGUUCAAGGAAAACAAUGUAUACCUCAAUGGACAGCAGAGUGAAGGUUCGGCAAUGUGGGUUGCUGCACCAGGUCGAGACAUUUCCAGUAUGCCCGCUAGUUCAUUCUACAACCUUCCACCUCAGGGUCAGCAUGUGACUUUUGCCCCGACACAAGCUGGCCACGGCAACUUUGCUGGCGUCUAUCACCACCCUGCACAAGCAGGGACAGCCGGGACAGUUCAUCCACUUCUGCAACAAUCACAGACAAUGGCGGGAGCUGUCGAUAUGGUAGGUCCCGGUGGAAAUGUUUAUCAGCAACAACCUCAGCAUGCACAUAUAAAUUGGCCAAGUAACUACUGAAACAGGCUCGGUGACAACCGAUAAACAGGAUAGAUUGAAGUCCUAUGUAGGGCAACAUUUUUGGAAACUCUAAAAAUAAUGCUGGAGUUCCGUGAAGGCGAUUGGCUGCAUGAAGCUGGAAAAUUUGCCAAUAGGAUGAUCUGAUUGCUUGGCAUGUGAAGGUACUGUCCUUCUGUAACUGAUAUUGACCAUUAAACUAGAAACAAUUGCAGGCUCUAUGUUGUUUUGGUCCUGCUAGUUUGUACCUCUCACUUUUCCAAUUGAACUCUAAUUUAAGAGUUUUGUUUGGUUUGUGAGAAAUGUUGAUUCUUGUUUUAGUUUUAGAGUUUGGUAAGUAUCAGUUGGUGGGGGAGAGUUUUUUCUGUUGCCUUUUUCUUCUCUUACCUGUAAAGUAAAUUUUGAUAACAUGAAAAUUGUUUACUAAAGCUGUUCUAGUGUUAUAUGGUUAAUUUAAAGCAAAUUCUCAGUUGUUGUUGCA